UAUCCCCUUUUUCUGUUAAACAAGCUUUCCAUUAUUUCUGUUCAUGAAUAUACUUAUAAAAUUGAAUAAUACAUAGUAAUUAUGGAGCAUCCUCAGUAUUAUGUGGACUCAUCAUCUCUAGGAUUUCCUCUGGGCACUGCCUUUCUUUUGGUUGCUGUUUUCAGUCUGAGUGGCAUAUUUUCUUGCUGCUAUCACUGGCACAGAAUCCGAUUGCUUCAUCGACGCGCAGACCUUGAAGCCGGUGAUGAUCCUUCUUCCUUCAAAUAUAAACUCAAUUAUAAUAUGUGUGAGAAGCAGAACCAAAGCCAAAACAUGCCUGCAGUGUUAAUGCCAGGGGAUGAAGUUCCAAAAUUCAUAGCAUUGCCAUGUCCAUGUCAGCCUCCCCGACCGGAAAAGGUAGCUGAAGAGGUGCAGCUGCCGCCUUCGCCUUCGCCUCCGCCUCCACCUCCGCCUCAUAAGCCAAUUCGUAUGGUAGUCGGAUUACUUUUGUAGUAAUAUUAUUAGUAAAAGGGGAGGGAGUAGUAGUGAUUUUAGAACAUUGGUAUGUAUAGAUUGAAUUGUGGUUCAACCAAACUACCAAGUUUUUUAUUUGUAAUUAAGGCCAUGUGUUUAAUGCCUGAGGCUGCUAAAGUGAUUUGUUCAGUGCAAGCUUAGCUAAAACUUCCCAAAAUCACAACUAAAAUUUUUGCACAUGAGUGAGCUGGUUGGUAAGUUCAACGUAUUUGACUUGUACUUUAGGUUCAGGACCAAAAGUCUACAUUUCUUUUGUAACAUUAAAUACUAAAUUCAAAAAUUGUACAUCAAGGAUUAAAAUAUCCUACUCUCAAA